AUGGCUCAAAAGGCACGCAAAGACCGGGCCAAAUCGAACACGGCAGCUCUCAAUAACCUUCACAUCGGAUCGGUCAUCGUCAAUGGUCUCUUCCUGUUGCUGCACUUUGUCUUCAGGUCGCGCUCGCUGCUGCUUUGGUUCCUCCUCUCCCUCCCCAGCUUCUUGUGCCAAAUCACCUUGGAGAGGACUGGACGUCCCAGCUAUGAUCCCGACACAAAGGCUCUCAAAUCCUCCGGCGAGGACCUUGCGGCACCCGGGCUGACCGACUACAUGUUCGAUGUCGUCUGGGUGACCUGGGCGGCGGCUAUUCUGGUGGCCUUCUUCGGAAACUGGGCAUGGUUCUUUUGGCUCGUGGUUCCCGCCUAUGGCGGCUACAAGGCCUUCGGCAUGAUGGGUGCCGCCAAACAGAUGGCCCAGAUGGGGGGCAACGCGAACGCUGGGGCCCCGGCUGCCGCAGGCAACCGGAAGCAGCGGCGCGCAGCAUAA